CUUUCUAACUGUUGUAUUUGGUAAUGGAUUUAUUCCACAGCCUCGUUGGGGACACAUUUCAGCACUAAUCAAUCAAAAAAUAUAUUAUCUUGGAGGUUCUCAAGAUCCUAUUAUUGAUCAGUUCUUUUAUCUUGACCUUUCUGCGAAUUUCACAACAAGCUCACCUUCAUACACGAAUAUCGAUACGCUUGCAAAUUUCCCACCAAUACAAUAUGCAGCGGAUUGUGCAAUUGACUCAGAAAUAAUACUGUUUGGUGGAAGGCGCCCAGAUUCAGGAACAUAUCAAGAUAGCGACACAUUGUAUAUGAUCAAUAUCUCAAAUGCAAAUGCAUCAGCUACAUGGUCUUCUGCUUCUACAAAUCUUGCUGGCAAUCCAAGCGCUCGAACAAAUACAAGAACUGUAAUAGAUGGUAAAGGAAAAUUAUACAUAUGGGGCGGAAUGGUUGAUCUUACUGGACUAUACGAUAAAACAAUGUACAUUUAUGAUACGACGACAUCUUCUUGGGCUAGAGUUACGCCACCAAAUGCACCCGAACCAAGGUUCAGUUAUUCUGCAACGCUUUUACCAGAUGGUCGUAUUAUUUUUAUUGGUGGUAACGUGACCUCGUCAAAUAACUCUGUAUCAGCAGCAGACAUAAAUCAAGUUUUGAUAUAUGACACUAAUGUAACCCAAGCUUCUCCGUGGAAAAUUAGUAACGCUAAAAACGAUACUAUGAUUCCAAACCGAAGAGGUCAUGCAGCUGUACUUGCUUCAGAUGGAUAUAGCAUUAUUAUAUACGGAGGAAUAGGCAAACCAAGCAUCGAUACGACUACUGCACUUUUCGUAUUAGAUACCAGAACAUUCAUAUGGAAACAAAUCAAUGGAAUAAAUCAACCUACACGAAUACCUGCAUACGCAACUGCAACAUUAUUCCAAAAGUAUAUGAUUGUUGCAUUUGGCGAUUAUAAUGUUGCAGGACAAGGAAGCAGUGACUUGACAAUUCUGAGCAUAGAUAAUGACACAUAUACUUGGGUCAACGAAUAUCGAUAUAUAAAGAGUACGGAUCCAACUUCGCCGAAUUCGAAUAUACCAAUAACACCCCCAAAUACUAACUCUUCGACUUCCGUUCCUCCUAGUAUAAUUAUUGGCACUGUACUCAGCUCAGUUGGAAUUCUCAGUUUGAUGGGGGUAAUAGCUUUUGUGUUAUAUAGGCGUCGUCAAAAGCAUAAACAUGAAUUAAAUGUUCAUGAACAUUCAACUGAAGUAAGACAUGGACCAGAAGCAGUCGAACAUGACUUAAUUGCUCAUGAACAUUCAACUGAAGUAAGACAUGUAUUAGAAGCAGUCAAACGUGAUUUAAUUGCUCAUGAACAUUCGACUGAAACGAAAAGUCUAUCGUCUUCGAAUAGUCCUGGACCAAGAUAUGCUCAAACGGUAACACUUAUUAAUGAGAAAUUGUAUUUUGUUGGUGGAACUCCCAUCGGCAGCGAUUUCUAUCCGGAUUAUUUUUAUUUAGAUUUGGGACAAGAUUUCGAUACUUCGACACUUGAUAAAUUUCAACUUAUUAAUCGAACAUCUCAUAAUUCUUCUUUGGCUUGGGGAACAGCAGUUUUUUUUAACAGUUCCAAAAUUCGGUGGAGUUCAAGUCGAAAUCAAGAUGACACAAUUGUAGUCAAUAGAAAAAUAUACGUUACUGAUGUAUAUCUCGACGAUAUCUGGACAACAUCAGAACUAUCGAAUCAAGCGCCACCAGAAGGCCGUCGUAAUCUCAAUUCAGUAAUAAGCAAAGCAGGAGAAAUGUUUAUUUUUGGUGGUUCAACAGAAGGAGAUUCAGCGCCCACUCGAGGUACCAACGAUUUCUCAAUGUACAAGUUUAACACAAAAACUAAUUUAUGGACGAGUCAAACUUUCUCGAACUUGAAAAACAUCGAUAUUUCAAAUUUUCCUGGGUUUGACUUUUCGGCUACGUUGCUGGACGACGAUCGCAGAAUUGUGUUUAUUGGAGGGAAAAAUUCAAAUGCUCCAAACAACAAAAUGAUAAUAUAUGGUGGAUAUUCAAAACUUCCCUUGAUAACAGAAGAUGCAUUAGCUGUGCUAUAUGUAUCCACAUGGAAAUGGACAAGUCCACAACUACAAAAUUCACCUAGUUCUGCUCCUUUUUCGCAUACAGCUACUUUGCAUAAUAAUCAUAUGAUUGCGGCAUUUGAAGCAAUACAAACAUUAAAUUCUAGCGCUAACUGGUUACCCACAUUCUCUAAAUCUUCAUCGACACAAGGAAUGCCAAAAGAUAAAAAGCCAGCAAUAAUUGGUGGGAUCGUAAAAGGAACCACAGCGCUUGUUAUUAUUGCAUUUUUGUAUUGUAGAAAACGCAAAGCAACGUCACCAAAAGAACACUAUGACCCAGCAGUUUUCCGUCCCCACCUCGACCUCCCAGACCUGAAACAAUAUCAGAAUUCUUUUCCAGU